UUCAGGAGGAAUUGUAAUUUUACAACGAUUUAGAGAAAAUCAAAUAUUUUCUUCCUUCAAAUGAAAAACCCUGCAAAGCAAAUUCAUUCAUCUCAAUUUAAGAAGAAAUUGGGGGAUUAAGACGGAGCCUCGAUUCAAAUUUGGUGAGUAUGGGAAUAUAAUUUCGUUAUAGCAUAUCGGGGGCAAACACAAGGCAUUGGAGGACCAGUCGUGGACCCUCUCUCAUUCAACAAGUGUCACUCCAGCUUCAGUGUUGUGGCAGCGGCGGAGCACCAGACGCUAUAACCCGUUUCUUGGUUUCUUCUCCGAUUAUCAUUUAGGGUUGUUCGUAGGACUUUCUCUCUUCUACAGAUUUCUUAAACUGCUGUUAUUUUCAAGCCUCAAGGUAGUCUUGGGGAACAAGACAUUGAAAAAAAUGGUGUCUGCAAAUGUCUCUGGGGACCUGUCAUCAGAGAUGGAGGUGGAUGCUUUCAGACGCCUCUUCCCUCUUCGCUAUCAUGAACGCUUUCUCCUUGAUUCCAUACGCCCUGAUGCCAGGCCACUUGGAAGAGCUAGAGAUACAAGCCUUGCCCUUGGGGCUGUUGCUUCUGCUGAUGGAUCAGCACUAGCAAAGAUUGGUUGCACUACCAUGUUGGCUGCUGUUAAGAUGGAGGUCAUGACACCACCCAAGGAGUCACCUGAUGAAGGCUUGAUCGCUAUAGAAUUCUACAUGCCUCCAAUUUGUUCUCCACUUGUCAGGCCUGGCAGGCCAGCUGAGGAAGCUCCAGUUGUUUCAAAGCAAUUAUCUGACACUAUUUUAAGUUCUGGCAUGAUUAAUUUGAAAGAAUUAUCCUUGGUCAGUGGAAAAGCUGCUUGGAUGGCCUACCUGGACAUAUACUGUUUGGAUGCAGAUGGUUCUCUGUUUGAUGCUGCUUUACUUGCAGCAGUGGCUGCCUUCUCUCACUUGCGGAUCCCAGUAGUUUCUCUGAAUGAGGAGGGAAGAGUAGUAGUUGUUUCUGAGGAAAAUGAGGAAGGGAAGUCAGAGAAGGAGCCAGUCAAUAAAGGGAAGAGGAAGCUCAUGCUGAGUAGCUUGCCAUUCUCAUUGACUUGCAUACUUCACAAGAAUUACAUCCUGGCAGACCCCACCGCAGAGGAAGAGUCUAUCAUGGAAACUCUUGUAACUGUGAUUUUGGAUUCAUCUGGUCAGCUUGUAUCACUUUACAAGCCAGGCGGACCAGUUCUUGCCUAUGCAUCAGCUGUGCAGGACUGCAUCGCACUAACAAGGCAAAGAGUGAAGGAGCUUAAGAGUAUUCUGAAUGAAGCCAUUUCUGAUAUGGAGGUUGAUUAGGUUCUCUGUCUAUCUUAAAGAGGAAGCUUUCCCAUUAAUCGGCACAUUUAGUAAGUAGCUGUUCUGUUGUUAAGUCAUGUUUGUUCUUUUCGUCUUCCUUCAGUGGUGAUACGUGGAGAAAGAUCCAUGGUAGGUGUUGCCAAUGUGGUCAAUUUUGGUUGUGUAUGUGGGCGACUUGGUUCUCGGCAUAUUUAAGGCGGGUCAGAACAUGAUGAUAAGAGAUGGGAUAAAAUACGUGUUUCUAUGUUUUUAAUCCAAUAUUAGACCAUUGCCUUUAUUUGAACUAUAAAUCUCUUUUAAACCUCA